AUGCGAAACCUGUGGGUAAUUGCCUUUUCCGGAGAUGCGGAACAUGCUGCCGCAGAAGCGACUCCGCAUAUGAGGAUUAUCGAUUGCAAAUGUGAUCCAAGUGGAAGGCUUUCUCGUUAUGCUGGAGGUAUUAUUGAUGAUGAAAAAGAUAAGUGCAGGCAAUUCGAAGAUGGUUUGAAUGAUUCUAUCCGAAUGUCUGUGGCGGUCCUGCAACAUGAAAAGGUUUCCAAACUAGUUAUAGCUGCUCUUACUUGGGAAAGAAUUGACAAGGAACAAGCUAGUAGAAAUGAAAACAGGUUUCGAAAAGCUAAUUCAGAUUAUGGUAGUCCCUCCAAAAUGGGGAAGAAAGCUUCUGGUGCUUGUUUUAAUUGUGGGAGCUUCAAUCACAAAGUGAAGGAUUAUCCUAACCCUAAACCUAUUUCUUCUCCACGGAAUAGAGGUGCAAGAUCUAGAAAUACCCAAACAACAAGUGCAGGUGGAACUAAUCAAGCUAGUGGGUCAAGAGCUACAGCACGAGCUUAUGCUAUGAGACAGAGGGAUGACCAAGAUGGGGCAGACGUAGUUGUUGUUAAAUUUCACUUAUUUGGCUUAUGUGUUGUUACACUAUUUGAUCCAGCUUCUACACAUUCCUAUGUUUACUCAUCGCUUGUUUUUCCUGAAAAUGUGAAAUCUGUGAGACUUGAUUAUGGUGUGCUUGUCAAAAGUCCUUUGGGUCAUCAGGUUGUUUGUAAUCAGAUCUAUCGAGGUUGUCCCUUCGUGAUUCAAAAUCUAGUCUUCCCUGCUUAUUUGAUUGAAAUGCCUUUCCAAGACUAUGAUGUCAUCAUCGGUAUGGAUUGGCUUCACAGAUAUCAUGAAGUAGUUGAUUGUAGGUCAAAAUGUGUGACCUUUAAAGCUCCUACAUUUUCACACUUUGUUAUUCAAGGUGAAAGAUCACUAACAUCUAAUAUUAUAUUUGCAGUUGUGGCAAGAAAGAUGACUAGUCAGGGUUGUGAAGCUUAUCUUACCCAUAUAGUUUAUAUACUCCUAGAAAGUCCAAGCCUUAUAGAUAUACCAGUCGUAUGUGAAUUUCUUGAUGUUUUCUCUGAAAAUCUUCCUGGGUUGCCCCCGGAAAGGGAAGUUGAAUUUCCUAUAGAGAUUUAUUCCUAG